CUGUUCUUCCGGGUGGUCUGUUGAUGGCGCCCGCUUCGCUCGCAUCCAACCGAGCGGAGAGCUGAUCUCCUCAAACGGCCAGAUUUCUUCGCGUUCGAGCUGUCAGAUUUGGAGGAAGAACUGCGGCCGGGAUUUAUGUCCGUCAACCAAUCCAGGGCAGGGAGGGCGGAGGCGCAGCAUAGGAAACCCGUUCGAUCGGUAAGUGCUGGUCAGCCAAAGGGAUUAGUCGGCAGCGGCGGUGGCUUGAAUGGCGACGAUUCCGCCCCACAGCCAGCUAUCCACUCGUCCUCAUCCUAUGCUGCUUCUCCUUCGUCGGUUGCGCCGUCAUUGCCGACUAAUCGAAGCUUCAAGAAAUCAGGUAAUGAGCAAGGCAAUCAGUCUGGAAUAAAUGCAUCAAGCUCUGAAUCAAGCGGUGCUGCCAUUUUCCAUCAAAAUCUUGUUCAGAAUGGCGCUCAUCCCCAGAUACGUUCUCCUGUUCUUUCAGGAUAUUCAGAAUCACCGUCACCAUCACCAGCUGCUACUAAACCUUUUAUACCUAGAGCUCCUUCUCAAUCAGCUUCAAGUUCUGCACCAAUGCCAUUGCCUAAAGGAGAUGCAUCCAAGACUUUUACUCUUCAGUUUGGCUCCAUAAAUCCUGGAGUGAUGGGUGGAUUACAGUUUCCUGCACGGACCAGCUCAGCACCGCCAAAUCUCGAUGAGCAAAAUCACAACCAGGCUCACACCAAGUCAAUGAGAGUUGUUCCUUCCAUUUCUGUACCACAGAUAAAGAGGGAUGUUAGUGUACCAGCCCCGUCUGCCACUUAUGUAUCUGCAUUAAAUUCCUCUGGUCCGCCAAUUUCUAGGAUGCCUUCACCCCUGCACACUCAAUUUCAACCUCAGCAAACACAAAUUCUGCCAAAAUUUGGUGUCCCUAAUGUACAGAUGCAUCAGCCUGGUUUUGCAGCCAAUUCAUUGCAAAUGGCAAUGACAUUACCUAUGGGGAAUAGCCCCCAAGUUCCACAGCAGAUUCUUGUUCCAAGUAUUCAACCUCAUUUUGUGCAACAACAGGCAAUGAUGCACCAGGGACAGGCACUUGGGUUUGCUCGUUCUAUUGGUCAACUGUUGCCCCCACAAUUAGGCAACAUGAGAAUUGGCAUUUCUCCACAGUUCGCACAGCAACAACCUGUUAAAUAUGGUGGGGCACGGAAGACCACAGUCAAGAUUACUCAUCCUGACACUCAUGAAGAACUAAGGCUUGACAAAAAUACUGAUUUGGGUAAGGAUGGUGAUCUUGCUGGACAAAGGCCACAGCCAAAUGUGAUUCCACAGCCUCAUUCUAUUCCCACAUAUACUCAUCAAACGAAUUUCUCUCCGAUGCAGCAAAAUUCUUAUAGCCAUUCUCAGCAUAUUUUUCCAAAUUCUGUUCCUCUGGGAAGUGGACAGAUGCCUACAAACUCACAGGCCCCAAGGUAUAAUUAUCCUCUCAAUCAAAUUGGCCUAAACUUGAACUUCUUAGACUCAUCUGCAAUCAACCAUAUUCCUAGUGGAAAAAGUCUAUCUACACCUCUGCAUGGUAUUUCUGAAGGGCUUAAAUUGGAAGCAUUGUCAGUUUCUGCCUCACUGCCCUCUUCAGGCCAGGUAACUUUGAGACCGCCUGUUGGAUCAAAAACUGUGAAAACUGGGGCAUCUUUGUCAUCACCUUCUGUGGUUAUUACCAUGCCUUCCACCAAAGUAGAACCACAAAUGCCAGUAAAAACUACAGCAGAUGAUACUGCUCUUAAUGAAAGACGGGCAGAGACCAAUCCAGGUGGCUCUAGCCAACAGAUUAAAUUGACUUCCAGUUCCUCAGUCAGUAUGUCUGUGCCUGUCACUGAUAUAAAUACCACAAUUCCUCUUAACUCAAGACUGUUCAUGCUUUCUGAAGCUUCACUGUCUCCGGAAACGCCAAACAGGGAAUCUGGAUCACUUUUGGAUGGAAAUCAUGGCGAAAAAAAUGAGCAUGCUCAAAGAUGUGACACUUCAAAGGAUAAUCACGGGAAGACAAGCAAGAAGGAUUUUAGAAACACCCAACAAAAUCAUCAGUUAGAUGCAUCUUCUAAAGGAGAAAAGGUAGCUCCUAAAUGUGAAAAUAGGACUCUUACAGAAACUGAAGUUGCUGAGCCAGUUGUAGAUAAGGUAAUGCCUGCAGCAUCUGGCUCAUUUCCAGAAAUAUCAGGUAAGGAAGCAUCACUGGAUGCUUCAGUUGGUUAUGGCAAUUUGUCUUCUGCAGCACCUGAUGUUUUAUCUAACAAAGAGAAUCUAUCUUCUCAUGCUUCUACCUCAUUGGAUCAUGUAGUUGGUGGAAUUCCUACCUAUUGUCUGACUGUUAACUUAAGGGUGGGAAGCACAGCUUUGGCUGUUGGGAGAGAAAAAAGAUCUGAGCUAACAGAGAAUGAAUCCUCGGAAGCCGCAAAUGAUUCAUUAGAAGAUUUUAGUAAAGCUAAAGUACACUCAUCUUCUGCUGUUGCAAUACCUUCUGAAUUUGAGAACAUUACAUUGUUAAAACAAGAUGACAAACAAGAAAAAUGUUUGAAAGGGAAAUCUAUCAAGUAUGAUGAGGUAGAGAGCGAACUUCUUAACAGCUCUGGCGGUGAUUUUGCAGUAUUGCAGGAAAGUAAGACACAGAAUCAACAAAUUACCUCUACUGAUGCAUCUUUAAACUCAACUGGUUCUGAUACUGCAGUUGAUUGUGAUAUUCUGGGUGCAAGAGAUGCCAAGGACAACCUCAAUACCUUCUCAAGCAAACUCAAACUGAAACCCAUCAAGGAUGGUUUGAUUGAUUGUAGUGGAGCACGCAUGGAAACAGUCCUUGUCCCCAUACCAUCUGUGUCUGUGGAACAUAAACAAGGUGCUAAAGUUGAUUUGCCUAGUGAUAGAUUAACGUCUUCAACAAUCUUGGGGCAAAAGAAUAAGCCUUUGUUAGAAAACACAAAGCCUAAGGUCACUGCUGGCAAAAAGAAGAAUAGGAGGGAGAUAUUUUCUAAAGCUGAUGCUGCAUGCGCAUCUGACCUUUACACUGCAUACAAAGGACCAGAGGUAAACCAUGAGGUUGUUCUUAAGUCAGAAAGUUCAAAUAGUCCAACAGCUGCUGCAAAUAUCACACCCAUUGGGUGUCCUACUAAGGAUGUGGUUUCAAGUGAUGAAGAUUUGCAGAAUAAGGCUGAGUUAGAUGAUUGGGAAAAUGCAGUUGAUAUAUCUACUCCUAAGCUAAAAACACUGAAACAUGGGCAGGAUGCUGGUGAGGCAAGAAAGCAACGUGAUGGAGAUGUUUGCAAAGCCACUACUUGGAAGUACUCGAGAGAUUUCUUAAUGACUCUCUCACAACAUUUUACUCAGCUUCCUGUUGAUUUUGACAAAAGUUCAGAUAUAUUGGAUGUAUUGUUGAUUUUUUCACAAGGAAAGUCACCAUUGCAAAGUCCUAGGAGGAUCAAUGAUCGACCAUCUUCUCGGGGAGACUGCCGUCCUGUUGGGCUGUUGGAUGAUGAUAAAUGGACGAAAUCACAUGCAUCCUUUGGGCGUGAUGGAAAUGCGACUAUUAAUCUUCGUCCGGGGCAAGGUGGUAGUCAUGUUGUUUUAAGGGAUCUACCUCGGCAGGCAUCCGGCCAACUUGGAGGAAUUCUAUCAGGACCAAUGCAAUCUCCAUCAUCUCAGGGAGGCACACAACGUGGUAAUCUUGAUGCCGCAGAUCGGUGGCAACGAGCAAGAGGUUUGAUUCCCUCUUCUCAGACUCCCCUACAGAUAAUGCACCAAGCCGAGAAGAAGUAUGUAGUUGGAAAGGUGUCUGAUGAGGAAGAAGCAAAGCAAAGACAACUGAAAGCCAUACUUAACAAGCUGACUCCUCAAAAUUUUGAAAAGCUCUUUACUCUGGUUGAGGAGGUUAAUAUAGAUAAUCUGGUAACCCUUACUGGCAUCAUCUCACAAAUAUUUGACAAAGCUUUGAUGGAACCAACUUUCUGUGAGAUGUAUGCUAAUUUCUGUUUUCAUCUAGCAAGCGCAUUGCCAGAUUUCAGUGAAGCCAAUGAGAAAAUAACUUUUAAAAGAUUGCUCCUGAAUAAAUGCCAGGAGGAAUUUGAAAGAGGGGAGAAAGAACAGGCUGAGGCUAAUAAUGUUGAAGAGGAAGGUGAGGUUAAGCAGUCCAAAGAGGAAAGGGAUGCGAAAAGGCUGCAGGUCCGCAGGCGCAUGUUAGGUAAUAUACGUUUGAUUGGAGAAUUAUACAAGAAGAAGAUGUUAACCGAGAGAAUUAUGCAUGAAUGUAUCAAGAAAUUACUGGGUCAAUAUCAAAAUCCUGAUGAGGAAGAUAUUGAGGCACUGUGCAAAUUGAUGAGUACAAUUGGCGAAAUGAUAGAUCACCCCAAGGCAAAGGAACAUAUGGAUGUAUAUUUUGACAUGAUGGCCAAGCUUUCAACAAGUCAACAGUUAUCUUCUCGUGUAAGAUUCAUGUUGAAAGAUGCAAUUGAUCUUAGAAAGAAUAAAUGGCAACACAGGAGAAAAAUUGAGGGCCCAAAGAAGAUUGAUGAGGUUCACAGAGAUGCAGUACAAGAAAGGCAAGCUCAGUCUAGUAGAUUGUCUCGUGGUCCUGUCAAUAGUAGUGUCCCAAGACGUGGUCAAGCAGCUGAUUAUGGUUCUCGUGGGUCUGCUCCAUUAAGCUCUUCAAGUUAUCAGCAGGUUGGUGGUCAUCGUGCAUUGCCAUUGCAGGUUCGUGGCUAUGGUAUUCAAGAUCCGCAGUUAGAGGAUAGACCUCAGUUUGAAGGACGAAAUACAUCACUUCCCCUCCAACAUAGGUCUAAUGAUGAUGAUUCUAUUUCACUUGGUCCCCAAGGUGGCCUAGCACGGGGAAUGUCUGUCCGUGGACACCCAUCAAUAUCUCAUGCACCACCUCCUGAAAUUUCUCCAAAUGCUGGUGAACAGCAUAGAUUGUCAUCUGGUACAAAUACUAUUUAUACAGUAGAAAGGUCUCCUGGAGUGACAUAUGAUCAACUAAGCCAUCGAGACUGGAACAAUCAGUACUGCAGUGGAGAUGUAAAAAUUUCAGACCAUACAUUUGAAAGAUCUACAACAAGUGACCUACCUGGCGGGCAAUUAUAUGGCAAUUCUAGGAGCUGCCUAACUGCAGUUUCUGGAACAAAAGCAUUUUCAGAAGAUGUCUUGCGAGAAAAAUCCAUUUCAGCUAUUAGAGAGUUUUACAGUGCCAAGGAUGAGAAGGAAGUUGCAUUAUGCAUCAAGGAAUUGAAUGCACCAAGCUUUUAUCCAUCUAUGAUCUCAAUAUGGGUUACUGACUCCUUUGAAAGAAACAGUAAUGAAAGGGAUCUCCUAGUGAAGCUUAUUAUCAACCUCUGCAAAUCUAGAGAUUGCUUGCUUAGUCAAUCGCAACUACUCCAGGGGUUUGGAUCUGUUCUUGCUUCAUUGGAGGAUGCUGUAAAUGAUGCACCGAGAGCAGCAGAGUUUCUUGGUUGCAUUUUUGCCAAAACUAUUUUGGAAGAUGUGGCAGCAUUGAGAGAGAUUGCAAGAUUGAUACUUGAAGGAGGUGAAGAGCCGGGCCAACUAAGAGAGGUUGGCCUAGCAGCAGAGGUGCUUGGUAACAUAUUUGAGACCAUAAAGUUGGAAAGAGGAGAUUCCAUCUUGAAUGAGAUCCGUGUUAGCUCAAAUCUCCGGUUCGAUGACUUCCUACCACCGUCUCCAUUGAAAGCAAAAAAGUUGGAUGCUUUUCUUUAGGCUAAAUGAUGCUUGAGCAAUAUGUUCUUGUUUUAGGCUCUUUAGAAAAUCCAUUCAUUCAUCUAUAAAAUUGUUGCUGGGAUACAAUAGAGGCAUUAUUUAUAUUUGCUCGUUUGUCCAGUGUCAAUGGGGACUCUAGGGAGGCAAGCAUUUUGACCUGCAGCUGAUGAUAAAGGGUUUUGUUAGGGGUGUUAUUUUAUUUUUCAAAGAGUUUAGGGACAUUAAAAUCAGAUUCAUUCACAUUCAUUUAUUUGAUGAUGUGACAUUGUUAUCUUCAAUUCCUAUUCUUGAGCAAUCAAGGCUUGAUAGUUUUGAACUA